GGGCACUGUUAUGUGCCGGUGCCGCUGCUUUUGGUUUCAUUUCCGCGCGGGCUCGGAGCAGGAAUGAAGGAGCCGCUGUGCCUGGUGCGUAACGGGCCCGACGGGGCGCUGAGCCCCGACCCCGCGGCGCUGGAGGUGCUGCGCGGCAUCGGGCAGCCCGUGGUGGUGGUGGCCAUCGCGGGGCCCUACCGCACCGGCAAGUCCUUCCUCAUGAACCAGCUGGCGCGGCAGCGCACCGGAUUCGCCCUGGGCCCCACGGUGCAGGCGCAGACCAAGGGCAUCUGGAUGUGGUGCCUGCCCCACCCCCAGCGGCCCGACACCACCCUGGUGCUGCUGGACACCGAGGGGCUGGGGGACCCCAACAAGGGCGACAGCCGUAACGACGCCUGGAUCUUCACGCUGGCGCUGCUGCUCUCCAGCACCCUGGUGUACAACAGCGCCAGCACCAUCGACCAGAAGGCGCUGGAGAACCUCGGGUUGGUGACGGCGCUGACGGAGCGCGUCAAGGUGCGGGCGGGGGACAGCAGGGACGCGGCGGCGGCCGACUUCGUGCGCUUCUUCCCCGGCUUCGUCUGGGCCGUGCGGGAUUUCGUGCUGCAGCUGUCGGUGGACGAGGAGCCCCUCACCGCGGACGAGUACCUGGAGCGCGUGCUGCGCCUGCAGCCCGGGAGCAGCCGCGCGGUGCAGGAGCAGAACGAGCUGCGGCGCUGCCUGCGCGACUUCUUCCCCGAGCGCAAGUGCUUCCUGCUGCCGCCGCCGGCCGAGCCCGAGGCCAUGACGCGGCUGGAGGAGCUCGGCGAGGGGCAGCUGCGCCCCGGCUUCCUGCGGCAGGCCGACGCCUUCUGCCGGCACAUCUGGGACCAGGCCCCGGUGAAGGCGCUGCCGGGGGGGCCGGCGGUGACGGGCAGCAUGCUGGCGAGCCUGGCGGAGAAGUACGUGGCGGCCAUCGGCAGCAGCGGGGUGCUGUGCCUGGAGAGCGCGGUGACGGCGCUGGCGACGGCCGAGAACGCGGCGGCGGUGGCGGCGGCGGUGGCCGAGUACCGGCGGCGCAUGGAGCGGGAGCUGAAGCUGCCCACGGCCUCGCAGGAAGCGCUGGGGGACGUGCACCAGCGCUGCGAGCGCGGCGCCAUCGCCCUCUUCAUGGCGCGCGCCUUUGCCGACACGGAGCGGCGCUACCAGGGCCGGCUGAUGAGCGAGCUGGAGGCGGCCAAGGAGGAGUUCUGCCGGCGCAACGAGGCGGCCUCGGCGCAGCGGUGCCGCGCGGUGCUGGGGGAGCUGUGGCAGGACAUGGAACGGCGCCUGGACCGCGGGCACUACGCCGCGCCGGGGGGCUCGCGCCGCUUCCAGGAGCACCUGGGGGAGCUGAUGGAGGAGUACGGCCGGCGGCCCGGCAAGGGGGUGAAGGCGGCGGCGGUGCUGGAGGAGUUCCUGCGGGAGCGCGAGGUGCUGGCGCGGGCGCUGUGCGCGGCCGACCAGCGGCUGUCGGAGCGCGAGCAGGAGCGGGUGGCCGGCGAGGCGGUGGCGGCGGCGGCAGCGGCGGCGGUGGCGGAGGCCGCGGAGGCGGCCGAGGCGAGGCUGGAGGAGCAGCGGCGCAGCUUCGAGGAGCACCGGCGGCAGCUGGAGGAGCGGCUGUGGCACGAGCAGCGGGCGCUGCUGGAGGAGCAGGAGCGCGUGAUCGAGCACAAGCUGCAGGAGCAGCGGGCGCUGCUGCAGGACGGCUUCCAGCGCGAGGCCGAGGCGCUGCGGGAGCAGAUCAAGAAGCUGCGGGAGGAGAAGGAGGAGAUCAAGAAGCCGUCGUGGCGCCAACGGGCGCUGGACGGGCUCAGGCUCGCCGCCGACAUCUUCCUGCCGGGCCUGGUGCGGGUCGUGGUGUCGGGCGCCCUGCGGCUGGCACGGCGCGUGGUGUGACCUGGGCGCAGCCCCAAUA